AUGGUUGCCGGCCUCAAAUCCGUGGACUACGAAACGCGUCUCGGGAUGCUUGAUCUCUUUCCCCCUGCCGGCAGCAAAGGAUGCUUGAUCUCUUUCCCCCUGCUCUGCGGCAGCAAACACGGAAUACACUUGGCGAGCAGUAUUCUGCAGUUAUUGUCAUCAUUCUGUGGGUUCGGGCGUCGCCAAUCUAUUAAUCUACUGUUUCGUCAAUCUGAGGUAUCUGCUGCUGACCCGCUGCAGUGCCUAGUGUCGGAGAGAAAAGACUCACAGAAGGGAACACAACAGCUGUAUUCCGAACAAACG